UGUUCAGACAAAAGCAUUUCUGAUUCAUAGUGUCUUCCCCUACACAAGUGUUCAGUAAUGGUUCAAAGUGUGGCAAUAAUUGGAGCAGGCAGUUCUGGUCUGACCUGUAUCAAGACCUGUGUGGAUGAGGGGCUCGAGCCCGUCUGCUUUGAAAGCAGUGAUGAUAUUGGUGGUCUGUGGAAUUUUAAGGAGACACCUGAGCCAGAGCGAUCCGGCAUCUACCGCUCCUUGGUGGUAAAAACCUCCAAAGAAAUGAUGUGUUUCAGUGACUUUCCCAUGCCUGCUGACUAUCCAAACUACAUGCAUAACUCCCAGCUUCUGCAGUACCUCAGGCUCUAUGCUGAACAUUUUGACCUGCUCAGAUACAUUAAGUUUCAGACCACAGUGAAGCGUGUUUCACAAAGGCCAGAUUUCUCUCUGUCCGGUCAGUGGGACAUAGUGACCAUAAACAGCAAUGGAGAGGAAGAACGGCACAUCUUUGAUGCCGUUCUGGUGUGCUCAGGUCACUACACCCAUCCAGUCUUACCGUUGACUGACUUUCAAGGGCAUGAAACUUUUUCUGGCAGGUGUCUUCACAGCUGGGAAUAUAAAGAUGCAGAUGUCUUCAGAGGAAAGAGGGUGGUGGUGGUUGGCAUUGGCAAUUCUGGAGGAGAUAUUGCUGUGGAGAUUAGCAGAUCUGCCAAGAAGACCUUUCUCAGUACACGCCAAGGGGCCUGGGUAGUUGGCAAGAUGUCCACCAGUGGUCUUCCUAUCGACAUGGCAGGAAUUAAGAGGAUCAACAAUGUCCUCACCUGGCUGCUACCCAACACUUUGGUCAACUGGGCAGUAGAGAGAGCACUGAACAAAAAAUAUGACCACAGAUUGUACGGUCUAAAACCAAAACACAGACCUAUGGAUAGAAAGCUUUUGAUCGAUGAUGAUCUCCCUGGCCAAAUCCUUCAGGGGGCACUAGCCAUGAAGCACAAUCUGAAAGGGUUCAAGGACUCAGGAGUUGUAUUUGAAGAUGGCACAGUGGAGGAGAACAUUGAUGCUGUGGUGUUUUGCACAGGUUAUGUUGCAAAGUUCCCAUUCCUGCCCUCAACUCUGUCAGGACCCAAUGAAGAGGUGACACUGUACAAGAGACUGUUUCCUCCUUCCCUGCAACAUCCCACACUGGCCAUCAUGGGACUUUUCCAAUUAAAAGGUUCAGUCAUGCCUACAGUGGAAAUGCAGGCACGGUGGGCUGUUAGGGUCUUUUUAGGUCUGAGUCGUCUUCCAUCGAAGGAGAAAAUGCUGGAUGUCAUUGAGUCUGAAAGGAGGAAAAACAUGCAAAGCUAUCCCUGUCCAAAAAAGGCUGCUCUACAGGUAGAUUACAUCUCAUAUCUGGAUUUUAUGGCUGGGGAGGUAGGUGUUCGACCAAAACUCCUGAGACUUUUUCUGAGCGAUCCUAUGCUCUGGGCAAAGGUCUUCUUUGGUCCCUGCACUCCUUUUCAGUAUCGUCUCAGUGGACCUGGAAACUGGCCCGGUGCCAGACAAGCUAUCCUCACUCAGUGGGAGCGAGUUGCUCAGCCAUUCAGAACUAGAGAAGUACCAGAGAAGACCAGCAGAUUUGCUUUGUGCUCUCUAUUGCUGCUCAUAUUUGCAGGAACUGUGAUCAUGGCUGUGCUUCUGUCCAGAAACAAGAUCUGAAAGGUGCUACAGGGUGAUGAGCCUGCAGAGGAGGACAGAGGGACCUGAGGCCACUGAGGCUCACAGAUGCCAAAAAACUGAAUCACAAAAAAAAAAAAGUUUUAACAUCAUGCACAUCGCAGUACAGUUGGAACAAGAUAAACGAUUAUUACGUGGUUCAAAUAAACUUGGAUCGGUUAAAGCGUGAAAGCAAAAGCAAGUCAAUAGAGACAAAAGAUAACUGAAUAUGAUUUUUUAUUAAAUGUUUAAUGAUACAUAACAAUACAUCACAUGAAUUCUGAUUAACUUUUCUGUAACAUCACUCCUUAAUAUGUCAAAUGGCCUGCAGUUCAUAACAAGCUCCACGGGGUGUAGAUGCAUCACCAAAUGCAGAUCUUAAUGUAGAUGCACCAUCAAAUAUCUUUGUUUACUUAAGCAAUUUUUUUUUAAUUAUAUUUUUGAGUUUCUAUUAAAGACACAAAUAAAUUUUUAAAUUAGGAAUCAGUUUCUUACAGAGUGAGAAGAAAUUUGGGGCUGACAGAAAUGCAAACUGUCAUUUCUACAUGUAAACCUACUCAUAUAAGGUGUUAUGUAAAGGAUGGCAUGCACUGUAACACUGAAGGAUGAAAACUCAUUUUUGCAAAAAGAUAUUAUCGCAUUUAGUAUUGAAGAUGAUGGCUGAGCGUAACAUUUAACAUAUUAGUCUAAAAAUGCAUAAAUGUAUAAUUGUCUAUCUGCAACUCUUCUUGUGUAACACUCGUCAAAAAAGGCUCUUGCGCCCUCUAGUAGCAGUAUGAGAAAAAGACACUGUGGGGUUAGAAUAAGGUCACAGAGGAGUAUAGCAUCAUUUGGGCUUUGCACCAGGGAUUAGACCUCCAAAAAUAUGACCACCACUUACAUUAGCAACUUACAGUUUGAGACUGACGAGAAGAAAGGUUGUUAAGAAAAAAACGAGCACACGCAUUUGAGGUAACUAGAAUCAGUUUCACGACUUGUCCUGUGUUUUGUGGGCAAAUCCAGGCUGAGGCCUUUCUGUGUGGAGAUUGUAUGUUCUCUCUAUGCCUGCGUGUGUUCUCCCUGGAUACUCUGGCUUUCUCCCACAGACCAAAAACAUGCACGGAGUUAAUUGGUGAUUCUAAUUUGGCCAUAGGUGUGAAUGUGAGGUGAAGGAUUUCUGUGCCUCAGAUUGCAAAUCUGUCCAAGACCUGUUGUGCCUAAAAGUGAUCGCCUGCCAAAAAGUGAU